AUAUAAGACCCAUCGGCGCCGUCGAAUAUAGUUACUUUGCAAUCUUCGUUCUUAUUUUUUAUUUAAUUUUCUUGUAUUAAAGAGUUUCGUUUCUCUACUUCUAGCAGCGAAUUUUGGGUAUCCGUAUUCGUUGACUUAUUAAUUUCUUAUAUCUUAUUUUGCAAUUGCCUUUUCUGUUAAGAGAGAAGGAUAAAAGAGAACAACUUUUUUUGAUUCUCUUGAGUUGCUUACGUUGCAAUUGAUUAUUCGUACACCUUACUAUCUUUUCGUUUCUGUUUCUUCGAAAGGUUUCUUUGAACUAGCUAUAUAGACAUCCUUUCUACAUUUUUCUUUUAUUUUCUUGUUUGGUUUUGUUGUGGAAUACUUUUAAACCUUGAUUUCUUAUAUUUCUUUUAUCUAUUUCGUUUUUGCACUACUAUUAUACUAUCAUUAUGUCUUCUGUUCGUGAAGUUGCAAACGUUCAAAUUUCUAUUCCUACUGGUAAGACGUAUGAACAACCUGUUGGUUUGUUCAUUAACAAUAAACACGUUGAUGCCGUCAAUGGAGGUCGCGUGAAGGUUUUCUCUCCUUCUACCGAAAAGCUUGUUUGCGAAGUUGUUGACGCUGACGAAGAGGAUGUCGAUAUUGCCGUUAAGGCCGCUCGUGCUGCUUUUCAACCUGAUGCUCCCUGGCGCAAAUUCUCUAGUGCCGAACGUGGUCGUUGUUUGACCAAAUUGGCUGACUUUAUUGAGCAAAACUUGGAAUAUCUUGCUUCCAUUGAAACUCUUGAUAAUGGUAAGAGUAUUACUUUGGCACGAGGUGAUGUUCAAGCAGCUGCUAAUUGCUUCCGUUACUAUGGUGGUUGGGCCGAUAAGGAUUAUGGUCAAACCAUUGAGACCGAUACUUCUCGCUUUGCUUAUACUCGUCAUGAGCCUAUUGGUGUCUGUGGUCAAAUUAUCCCUUGGAACUUCCCCUUCCUUAUGUGCUCUUGGAAGAUCGCUCCCGCUGUUGCCUGUGGUAACACAGUUAUCUUGAAGACUGCCGAGUUGACUCCCUUGUCUGCACUUGUUCUUACUCAAUUUAUCGAACCCUCUGGCUUCCCUCCUGGUGUCAUUAACGUCCUUAGCGGUGAUGGUCGUCGUUGCGGUAAUGCCAUGGCUUGCCAUAUGGAUAUUGACAAGAUUGCCUUCACUGGUUCCACCGGUGUUGGUCGUAUGGUAAUGCGUUCUGCUGCUGCCUCCAACUUGAAGAAGGUUACUCUCGAGCUCGGUGGUAAGUCUCCCAAUAUUAUUUUUAAUGACGCCGACUUGGAGGAGGCUGCCGUUUGGGUUAACUUUGGUAUCUUCUAUAACUCUGGUCAAGUCUGCUGUGCUGGUAGCCGUGUUUAUGUUCAAGAGGGCGUCUAUGACGAGUUUGUUCGCCGCGUUGUUGCUAAGGCUAAAUCUUUGAAGGUUGGUGAUCCUUUUGAUGAGGAAACCUUCCAAGGUGCUCAAGUUUCUAAGCAGCAAUAUGAGCGUAUCAUUGGCUACAUCGAGAGUGGUAUUCAACACGGUGCCAAGCUUGAGGUAGGUGGUAAGCCCCAUGGCCAUCUUGGUUACUUUGUUGAGCCUACCAUUUUAUCUGGUGUUACUGAGGAUAUGGCCGUUGGUAAGGAAGAAAUUUUCGGUCCCGUUUUGGCCAUCAUUAAGUUCAAGACUGUUGAAGAAGCUGUCCGUCGUGGUAACAACAGUACCUUUGGCUUGGCUGCUGGUGUUCACACUAAAGACCUUAAAAAUGCUCUUAAGGUUAGCAACAGCUUGGAAGCCGGUACCGUCUGGGUUAACUGUUAUAACCUUUUGCACCACCAAAUUCCUUUUGGUGGUUACAAGGAGAGUGGUAUCGGUCGUGAGCUCGGUUCAUAUGGUUUGACCAAUUACACUCAAACUAAGUCUGUCCAUAUCAACCUUGGCAUGGGACUUCCCAUCUAAACUUAUUUAGAAUGAUCAAAAAUUGAUUUUUGAGGACAGUAUAGCAUGUAUUAUCAUCCUCAAAACUCCCCCUUUUGCUUUUUAUCACCAAACCUUCUUUCAUCUUUUGUAUGUGUGCGAGGCAUGAUCAAUUAAGUUUUAUUGACAAUGAUUGCACUGCGAUGUCCCUUUUUUAUGAUCUUUAUUUUAUUCUAGUUAUAAUGGUUUAGGAACAAGGUAAUUGAAUAAGAAUCCUCAUUUAUUAACGAUAUGAAUCUUAUUUUUUUUAUUAUUUUACGAGAAAGUAAGUUGUUUAAAAGUUGAGAAAGGAAAAGCUAUUAUUUUCAAAGAAAGCAAACAUCAAAAAUUAUUGUACAGUUGCUCCAAUUCUUCUGGGGACAGGCAGAUUUCCAAUAGAUACGAACCCAAAGAAGCGGUUUCUGACGCAUCGUCGCCAAAUAAAUGGUUUUCCAAAUCGCCGAAUGUACAUGAAGCCAAAGCAUAAAUAAACCGCGAAUGUAGACCGUUUCCGGCACUCAUGAGCCUGGAGGACAAAUCAGCAGGAGCAAUUAGAUACAAAAGUCGAAUAAUGGACACUAGUAUUUCAGCAGUAUCCGAUGUAUCGAACAUAGCAGACAGAAGCCGUUGAUGGUACCAACAUAAGCCAAGAGCAAAGCAAGGCAUAAUUGGAAAACAGUUCCGAAGGAUUUCCGUGGUGAUCGAUCGGUUUUUUUGCAAAAAGUUUGUGAAUAGCGAUAUAAUAAUACGAUGAAUUUCCUUCCACUUCAUAAUGGAAUAAACAUCAUUAUCUUCCCGUGUUGGUUCUACGAAUAUAUGAGAAAUCGUAGUUAUCAAUCGCAAAAUUGAAUCUCGUCCAGUUUCGUCUGUAUUUACAAAUUUGAUUGAUGCACAAUAAGAAACUGUCGUGGAACUCAUGAGUAACAGUAAGCCUUCUUUGAUGAGAAAUAGAGAGUCAUGAAGCAGAAGACAAUGGUAAAAGACUUCGUGUUUUAUUUGCCCAGCUACCUCCUCGAAUUUUGAUGGAGCUAAGUCGGAUACGAUUGGCAUGUAGAAUCGUAAAAACUGGACUAGUGGUUGAAGUACUCCUGGGGAAGUUGUAUGGUUUUUAGAAGCAAUGGCCUCGAUAGCAUUACUUAUGAGAGCCGGAAUGUGUGUAUGUAAAAGUAAAACGCAACUAUCAGGUUCAAAAAAAACAAGACCCUCUAGGAGUUGAACAAGGCCGCGUAAAGGCUUGAAAAACUCGUGUGUAACGGCCAUUUUGAAAAGACUGACAAUAGCUUGAAUAACAG